UAUUUGAAAGUAGAAUAACUUGAAACGGACGCGUAUGUUAUGAAUAUGUGAAUUUCAGUUAUCUUUAACAAUACCCGACAUCAAUACGGGCUGUAUCAAUUGUAUUAUAGCAUGUAAUACAUAAUUUGCAUUUGAUCAUGUUGAUCACUUUUUUCUACUCCCUCUGUAAUUUUAACUGGGUUCGAGUUAAAUAAAUAACGCUAUCACGAAAUUACUAGCUGCAUAAACUCGUAAUACGUUAUAGGAAUCACGUUGAAAGAUGAGUAGAUUCCUGCUGGAUUUGCAAAAUCUUGAUUGGCAGAAUCAAGAGAUUGCCAAUGACACCCCUCUGCGCGGUGAUCAUCCGAGAUUACGCAGAACCGGGUUGCUGGAUGGUACAAAAUCGAUUAUUCCACGGAAAUGGCCUCUGUUAUCUACCAAAGAGCCUAUCAACGAAGAUCCUGAGCAAUACAAUGCGCAGAAAUUUCGGCAUCCAAACUGUAUGAAAAUCAAGGCGUGUACGUCGAUAUCGAAACAGAUCUAUUUGGGGGACAGAUUUUUACCCUCCCGACGUGGUUAUAAUUUCGAUAUGGCUCAUUAUCUGUUAAUGAAGGAGAAAUCAACAGAGAAAACGAAUAUAAUAGACGUUUGUAAAGAGGUUGAUUCGCUGGAUACUACAUAUCGACGUAAGGCUUUGCGUGCGAUAAUGUUAGAACAGGUUUUAAUACCAGAAUUAGAUCAAGACAAGAUUUUACGCUUUAGCAGCUCGAUGAUGCGACGACCUCGGAAUCCGCGUUCGGAAUACGAGAAGACAGAUGGUUGGAAGUGCAUACCCCGCAAGAGGAUCCUGAUAGGAAGUGCGGAAAAGAUGUUGUCUGUGCCGGAAGAUGUAGCCCUUUUGCAGGGGAAUAUUAUUAUGGCGAUGGAUUGGAGCUGCAAUAACAUGUUGGCCGUGUCCUACAAUGAUUGCCUGAUUAUAUAUGAUAAUGACGGUGAAAGGGUGUCAUCCAGUGUCAUCAGAUGUAAUUCGGUAACUUAUGAUAUCAAUCAAAUCACCGACAUUAAAUGGGCCAGUGACGGCAAAAAAUUGAUAAUGUCUGUCCUCAUUCCUGAAAACGACACCUCGACGCUCGUGAUGUACGAUUUGAAAAAGCAAAAAAUCUUGUGGGACGUCAUGUGUAAAUGUCGGUUGGAGGAAAAAGGCUGUGUUAUGCGUUGCGUUUGCUGGUCAGCUUAUGAUCGUCAGAUCGUUACCGGAUGCGCCGGCAAAAUAUCAAUAUUCGAUCCUGACACGGGUAUAUUGCUGCACACCAGGCUCGAGCUUACGAGAGCCGAGAUCCUGAACUUGAGUUUCUCGCCAAAUUACAAGUAUCUUGUAUCGACCGGGGAGGACAAAAUCGUCCGAUUAUUUUCCUGGUCGGAAUUGACUCCUUGUUUCAAUAUCAGAUUCUUUAAACCUGUAAAGGCGGUCGCUUGGCACCCGCAAGUAUCCGGCUUGCUUUGUAUAGGUGGAAGGAAGAACGGAUCGCUGUCAUUAUGGAAUGUCAACAAGUGUGCGAUGACAGCCUUUGUGCGCGUCAAAUUCAAUGGUCGCGUGGAAAAUCUCGCCUGGAAUAAGUUAAGUGGCGAGUUGGUCGUACAUUGGACUUACAAGGAAGAGGACAACAUAUACACCAUUGUCGCAGUGCUCGCCAGUUUUAAUCGGAUUGUCGACGUGCUGCCAUUGGAUAAAGAAAUGCGGCUUUGCUUCUUGAAGUUCAAUGCCGCGCACGAACAACUAAUAACAUUUUGCUGCAAUAUGAAUGUCUACUCAAUAUGGAAUUUUUUUGGCCACGAGAAAUCAUUUCGAAGACGACACAUGUCUCACGACAGUUCUACACACCGGAAACAAGGAGUCAUGGUCCGUAAUCCGAUUCGAUAA